AUGCAGGGCGGCGCCUGGCCGCUGUACGCCACCACCAGCCCGCAGGGGCUGGGCAGCUACGAGGGCCGCGGCGAGCGCGCUCGCAGGCCCGACCUCGUCGACAGGAGCUGCGGGCCCACGGAGGAGAUCUUGCGGCUCCUGCGCGUGGUGGCCAGCACCCAGGCCGAGCACCAGCUCGUGGUGCUCGAGCGGCUGGACCAGCUGGGCGGGCGCCUGGAGGCCGGCCUCGCCGCGCGGUCUCCCCGCUGCGGGGCUCCGCGCGAGGCCCCGCGUGAGCGUGAGCCCUCGCGGGGGCGCCUUCCGCGGGAGCGGGCGCGCGGCGCGGUCUCGUGGAAGAGGACCCUCUCCGAGAUCGGCCCCCCGGAGUUCCAGGACGACGGGCACGCGGGCGACGGCCCCAAGCUGAGCUACAUUCGCAGCACGGACAUCUCGCUGGCGGCGGGCGCCGAGGAGGCGCACGCCGACGGCGACCGCGGCACGCUGAGCUCCGCCGAUUCGACGCAGAUCUCGGGGCUGACGCAGUCACCUCGUGACAGCGUGCGUCGACGGCCUGCCGAUCGCGGGCACGUCCAUCAACUUCGGUCCCAUCAGUCGGAGGCCCGCUCUGCAACAGAGGCUGAUGGGCCGAGGAGGUCGUUCUGGGCAAUCGGCCGCUCGACGAACCGCAACGUGUUCAUGAACAGGCUCGGUCGCCAUCAGACGAUGGAUAUGGAAGAAGAACCGAAGCAGAAAACGCUGCGCUCUCGUUGUUAUCCCACGGCGGCGGAUUCUGUGCUGUCACACCCGACGUUCGACGUCGUCCUCGGCGUGGUGAUCAGCCUCAAUUCCGUCGUCAUCGGCGUCGAGCUCACGGUUCAGCCGUCGGAGGGGACCGAGACGCCAGGGUCGCGGAUGGUGUUCGGGGCUUUCGAGAAUUUGUUUUUGAGCAUCUACGUCGCAGAGCUCGUAGCCCGCAUCUACGCUUGCGGGCAGUCCUGCCUGCAGAAAAUCCCUGGGUGA